AUGACAGACAGCCUACCCUUUGAACUAGAAUACUACUCAUCAGACCUUCAUCGAAAUUUUUCGGUUUUUGUUUUGGGAAACAACACAUGUCGUGCUUGUUUAACUCAAGAUGAAGAAAUGCAAUCGUUAUUUCCAGCAGAAGAAUUAUGUUCUUCACAACAACAGAAUGAUUUAUUGAAUAUGUUUCUCUCUUGCACAGCCCUUGAUGUAUCUUAUGACGACCCUUACCCGAAACAUAUUUGUAAUGGUUGUUUCAGUGAACUAAUUGAAUCUUAUAGCUUCUGGAUGAAAUGUAGGCAAUCAAUCGAGCAAUUGGAUAGUUUAACUGAAAAUAAUGAUGAUGAAACAGAAUAUAAAAAUGAACAGGUACCUAUUUCCUCAAAUACUGAUGACAACGAGGAUAUUGAUGAUUAUAUAAAGUUUUCAAGCUCAGUAGAUUUAAAUAGUUUCAAUAUUAUUUCUGCAGAACUUGGUUCAUGCAUUCCAAAAUCAUCCCAUAAACCACAAUGUCAUCAAUGUCAAUUAUCAUUUUCUGAUAGAGCAGAAUAUAAAAAGCAUUGGCAAAAAAAUCAUCGAAGGCAAGUACAAACAAAUUUAAAUCAUUCAAAAAAAAUUGAAGCCAUAGAUGAACCAACCGCUGAGAAUGAAUCAUUUGCAGAGAAAGAUCAAGAUCAUAAUUAUGAAUGCCAGGAACUAGUUUUUCCACAAAAUUCUGAAACAGAAAUAGAAAAGUCUGAAGACCAAACGAGCCCAAUGUUGCAAGAUCGUCUUGAUAAUUCACAACAAAAUUCAAGAUUAAAUGAUCGCAUAAACUUUCUUCAAUGUUCACCAGAUUUGAAUAGUUUUGUAGACAUUCCUGACUGUUCUUCACAAAAUUCUUUUCGACAGCCCAGGUGUCACAAGUGCCAAAUGUUUUUCACCAAUAGAACAAAAUAUAAAGUUCAUUGGAAUAAAUAUCACAGUAAAAAUUCUCAAUUACGGUCUGGUUCAGAAAAAUCAGAAACAUCACCUCGUAAACCUGCUUGUCGAAAGUGCCAGUUGUUCUUUCCUAACAAAGCUGAAUAUAAAAAACAUGCAAAGAUCCAUAACUUGCAUUUAUGUCCACAGUGUGGACAUGUCAGCAAAUCUAAUAGUGCCUUGAGAGAACAUUUUACAACGCAUACAAACUUGCGUCCUUAUAAAUGCACUAUAUGCAAUAAGACAUAUAAGUCAGCUACUAAUCUUAAUGUUCAUAAAAGCACUCAUAUUGGUGUGUUAAAAUAUGCUUGUCAACACUGUGAUAAAAAAUUUGUUACUUGGGCAUCAAGAUUUAGUCAUAUAAGGACACAUCAUACUGUUUAUGACAAACAUAUUUGUGAGAUAUGCUCUAAAGGUUUUCCUGAUGCCAAUAAGCUUCGCAUUCAUAUAAGGUUUCAUACAGGUGAAAAACCUUUUGCUUGUGAAGAUUGUGAGAUGGCUUUUAAAUCUAGUGGUGAGCUAGUUAAACAUAAGCUUAAACAUUCUGGUAUUCGCAAUUAUUCUUGUACAGAAUGUGGUAAACGAUUUUUAACUUCUAAACAUGUCAAGCAACAUAUGGUUGUUCAUACAGGGGAACGUAAAUAUAAAUGCGAAAUCUGUGGAAAAGGUUUCACACAAUCACAUGUGUUGCGUAGUCAUCUGAAAAUACAUGAAAGGCAAGCAUUAAUAGAUAAUGAUCUUCAUAAUGAUGAAAUGUGA